UCUUCUUGUUUGCUCUUCCCUCUCCUUAUCUCUUCUCCCCUUUUCCCUCUGUAAAUUUGACAAGUCUUUUAAAUAUUUAACGGUUUUGGAUUAAUUAAUUAACUUUUAGAACUAAAUAAACUAUUUAACUCAGUUUAUAAAACAAAAGCAUGUCUUUGGUCGGGCAGGGCUCACCCACUAACUUCGCCUCUCCCACGCCUUCCUUUCUCGGCCUCCAUCGAACCAGCCAAAAAAAUAGAAGAGAAAAAAAAAGUAUGAGCAGAUAAUAAGAAUCCAAAACAACAUUUCCUUUCUUGUCGUUUGUUCUUCUCCAUACAGCAAAAGCAAUACCAUAAGGAUUUUGGAUCUCCUUGACUGGUUCGCCCUCAAGUCUCAGUAUCUUCUUGGUUAGGGUUUUGAUGUGAUAAUGGAGACGACAAGAAUGAAGAAGUACAACAGGCAACUGAGUCCAGAUAGAGCAAAAGUGUGGACAGAGAGGUCACCAAAGUAUCAACAACAGAACCGUAAAGUUGCUGUUGUUUAUUACCUCUGUAGAAAUCGCCAGCUGGAACACCCUCAUUUCAUUGAAGUCCCUCUUUCUUCACCUGAUGGUCUCUACCUUAGAGAUGUGAUUGGGAGGCUUGAUGUUUUGAGAGGGAGAGGGAUGGCUUCCUUGUAUUCUUGGUCUUCUAAGAGAAGCUAUAAGAAUGGAUUUGUAUGGCAUGAUCUCUGUGAGGAUGAUUUAAUUCUUCCUGCUCAUGGAAAUGAAUAUGUUCUCAAAGGUUCUGAACUCUUUGAAGAAUCUGAUUCAGUCUCUGCAGAUCAUAUCGCUCCUGGUGGAACCAUAAAAAUACAAAAUCUGAAACUAUUGCCACAACCAGCUUCUUCUAGAAGUCAAGAUGACUCCUCGUCAGCUUCAAGUUUGAAUGGAAAGGAAACAAAGCAUUCUCAGGAAGAUGAAAUCUCCCCUAGAUUGCAACAUCCUGGCUCCUCUGGCGUGUCUCCAGAGUCUACUGGUGGAAACAAUUCUACGUGGAAUAGCUCUCUUAGCUUGACUGAAUACAAGGUUUACAAGAGUGAUGGAUUCGCAAAUGCUUCGACUCAGACCGAGGAAAAUGUAAGCAGACCUAAAUCCCGAGAAACUUGUACAAGGGGUGUCUCGACUGAUGAUGCUUCUCUGGAACAGGAAUGCAAUGAGGAUUGUCAAAAUCGGCUUCCAUGCGUGAAGGAAAAUUCUGAGAUCUGUGAGAAUUCAGUUUCCCCUCCCCCGUCUUCCUCUAGCCCAUCAUCAUCAGGCGGGAAGACUGAAACUUUGGAGUCUCUUAUUAGAGCUGAUGUUAAUAAAAUCAACAGUUUUAGAAUUAUUGAAGAGGAAGACAUUCGAAUGCCAAACAAUGCAAGACUCAAGGCCACUAAUAUGUUGAUGCAAUUGAUCUCCUGUGGGUCAAUUUCAGUGAAAGAUCACAGUUUUGGACUAGUUCCAACCUACAGGCCGAGAUUUUCUCAUUCAAAAUUUCCCUCACCGUUGUACUCUACUUCAAUAAUGUUAGGAGAGCUUGAUUGCUUGUCAGAGAAUCCAAGGGUGACGGGUCUCAGAUUGGAAGAAAAGGAGUAUUUCAGUGGGAGCCUGAUCGAGAUGAAAAUGCUAGAGGGAGGAGAUGGGCUUGCUUGUCUGAAGCGUUCUUCUUCGUACAAUGCAGACAGGAUGCGUAAACAACCAGAUUCAGUUGAAGACAAUGGCGAGUCACCCUCUGGACACUCAAAAUGCAUCUCACAAUCAAUAAAAGCCUCCCUAAGCAAGCAGCCUCAUGGCAUAUCUUUGCGAUCACCUGUUUCUGAUAAACCUAGAAACUCCUCUGACGGGGCUGAUGGCUCUCAAGUAGUACAUUAUAGCUUAUCAAAUGGUGGCAGUCGAAGAAUUACAGAGCCUGUUCCAGGUAAGAAACAAUCAAAGAAGCUCGAUUCUUUCAGAGAGGAGAGGGUGAUCAAGAUCGAAGAAAGGCUUGCUUCAGGAGCUCGGGUUAUAAUCCACUCCAAAGCCCCAUGUAACCCUGCUGUUUGCCGCUCGUAGGGCGAAAUUUGGAGGCUGAUCAAUGUUAACUAACAGUCGGUUGCAUUUGAAGAGGCUUGUUGAUUGUAUAAAACUACUAGUUUUCAAAUUUGGUUUAAAUGUCAACUAAUGAUAAAAAUUAAUUGGCGGGUCCAUGGUCCAUGAUUCUGUAAAUAAAAAGAGAUCAAAAAAGUUUAGAGAGGAAAAAGGGAAAUGACCCAUUUGCAAGGGUGCAAGUUCAGGCAUCAUCCGCCGGGUGUCAGCUUCUUCUUUUUUUUUUAAAUAAUUGAAUCGUACCUUUUCGUGUAAACUGUAGUUGCAAAACUGUCCUUGAGCAGUAAUGCUUUUGCUACAGUGAACUGUCACAGCAACCGCGACCAUAUACUAUUUUUCAUUAACCUUU